AUGGGAAGAUCCUCUAAUGAUUUAGAUCGGGCAGCUCAAGAGGGCAAAACGGUAUACUUUGAUGGUAUCAAGGAUAGUGUGCUUGCCAAGACCGCAGUGGCCACACAAACCCUCCUCCACCACAUAGACGUCCAUAAAAGCCCCCGGGAUGGACACCAUGACAAGGAAAACCACCUCCUGCAAUACAUUAAGGUUGACAGCACCAAGGACUCGGAAGACCUACGUGAAGAUGGCAUAUGUAGGAGCUUCAUCUAUGCGGGUGCUGAAUAUGUCUAUGAAGACUGCACCUUUGCAUCUGAGUGCACCGGUACCAGACACCUAGUACAUGCAUGGCCAGAUCAGGGCAGUGAUCCUACCGUCCACGGCCUUCAUCCCUCAGCUGACAUGGUCUCUAAUGCUAGUGGAGCCCUACAUGUCCAAGCAUAUUUUGAUGAUACCCAGGAGUUGGCCAUUCUGUUGGGAGAAAUGUUCCGGGUAUCAUUUCCGGCUUUCUACACCAAAUAUGAAGCUGCCUUUCUGGCCGGCCGUUGGACAAUAACUGAUCCAGGGCCCCUCCUUGGAAGAGUCCUGGUGUGGAAACUGCAGGUGAUGCCCCAUCAGGACAGCUGA